GGCAUUAGUGAUACGGUUGAGAGGUUCACAGCUCGGCUUGUGGCUCCUGUGAGACGUGGGCAAACAGAGGGCAUCACUCGCGAGUGGUCUUGUUGGAAUAUUAGUUGGUGGCUGAUGAGUUUAUCAUAGUCAUCUCCUGCAGCGAAGGUCAGCUGUUCACGCCGUGGGCGCCCCUUGGCACUGUCCGUGACCUCUCCUGUCCUGGGUUGACCUGCCAACAUGCAGCCCUCGGACAGCGAAGACGAGGUCGAUUCCCCCGACGGCCCGGGGUCAUCCCACAUCCCCCCGACCAUCUACGUCAUCAAGUUCCACCCGGGGGCGGCACGAGAGGCGGUAGAGUGGCUGAUUGAACGUAUCGAAGCCAAGAACAAGUAUGGCGGCGCUGAGUUGCUUGUCAGGUGUGAACCCCAGAAGCAAGGACAGGGGGUGACCGUGCAUGUCUCCGCGACCAAGAUCAAGUUGCUGGAGGUCGCUGAGGCCACGGAGUUACAGAAGAGAGCAGCUUCUGGCCUCAUACAGGACUUCAGCGUACGUGACCUGGACCAGUUCCUAUACGCGGGUCAGACACUUGACACUGUCUUGACCCCGGCGGAGAGGGAAUACUGUAUCAGACACGAACUGGACGCGAUAAGGGCCAAGCAGGAAGAAGGGCAUGUCCCUGGCUACCCUGAGAUUAAGCUCUUCCCCGGACAGUCCCUUGUUGGGGUGUACUUGGCGGAGGAACUCAUAUCAGACAUGUUUCCACUACACGACCGUCAAGCAUUGGACAGUCUUGCUUCCCAGUGGUACAGAGUCAUCUUCCAGACUGCCCCCUUUGGGAUCUUCCUACGAGAGGGCACCCUCCCUACUAUAACCUUACCGACCCCGAAAGAGAAAGAUGACCGCACUGAGGCCCCAGUUCGACCCUCAGCGCCCUUUACAGAGGAGAUCCGGUCGUACUUCGGGGAGGCCGUGGCGAUGUACUUCAGCUUCUUGGGUUUCUACACGAUGGCGCUGGUGUUGCCGGCCGUGUUGGGCCUGGCGCAGAUGGUGCUCUCCGUCGACACCCUCACCGAAUACGCCCUCUUCGCCGCCUUCAACCUCGUCUGGGUCACCGUCCUGCUGGAGCUGUGGAAGCGACGCUGCUCUGAGCUGUCCUAUACGUGGGGGACCCUGGAUCGUCAGUAUCAUUUGGAGGCGACAAGAACAAACUUCAAAGGCAUCAUGAAGCAGAACCCGAUCACUGGCCGCUUCGAACCCACCUACCCACCCUGGAGGACUAAGUUCAAGUUGUACUUCAUAUCGGCGCCUCUGGUGGGUCUCUGUCUGGUCGGGUCGCUGUGGAUGAUGGUGGGGGCAUUUUGGGCGGAGGAACAGCUGGUGGAUUGGAAGCGACGUUACGGCUCUAUCGCUGGCGUCUUCAUGCAUGUACCUUCCGCUUUCUACGCUGCCCUGGUCUGGCUUAUGAACCAUUACUACAAGAGAUUAGCCACAAGCCUUACUGAAUGGGAGAACCACAGGACACAGCGGGAGUAUGACUGGCACAGAGUAAGCAAGUUGGUUGUGUUCGAGUUCGUCAACAACUUCUCCUCUCUCUUCUACAUCGCCUUCUACAUCCAGGAUAUGGACAUGUUGUGCUCGCAAGUGGCCACCAUGUUGAUAGUCACUCAGAUGAUCAACCACUUCAGAGAGGCCCUCCUGCCCUAUGUCGUGAAGAAGGCCUACAACCAGUUCGCAGAGCAGGUGAUGACGGUACUAAGGAACCAUUCACUGACGGAGAAGUUCUUCGUGGAAGUGGUGAGGCCCGUACACACCGCCCCCCUGGAGGAGGAACCCGUCCCUGUUCUGGCCCUCGAUCCCAAGGACCCCAGGAUCACCCAGGCCAAGGAGGAGGCUAGUCUCGACCCCUACGAGGACGCAUACGACGACUACCUGGAGAUGUUUAUGCAGUUCGGUUACGUGUUCCUCUUCUCCUCGGUGUACCCUAUGGCCGCGUUCUGGGCCGUCCUCAACAACGUCCUCGAGCUCAAGACAGACGCUUUCAAGUUGUGUCGCGUCUACCAGAGGCCCCGGGUUAAGAAGGUCGGCUCCAUCGGUGUGUGGCAGGGAGCGUUUGAGCUGUUGGGGGCAGUAGCUGUGAUGACCAACUGUGCUCUGCUGUGCCUCUCGCCCCGGGUACGCCCUCUCGCCCCCCAGGCCUCCCCCGUCGAGUGGGUCCUCCUUUUCGUCCUGCUGGAGCAUCUUAUCCUCGUUGCCAAGAUGGGCCUCAUGUGGCUUGUGCCCAACCAGCCUUUGUGGGUGCGUCAGGCUCUGGAGAAGAUCACCUACCAGUCCAAGUUGGCUCUGAAAAAUGAGCGCGGCAAGAAGACCAGACGCCACUUGUCUCGACGGUUCAGGAGUGUACAUGGGAUGCCUCGCUCAGGGUCUCGCUCCAGGGGCACCACACCCGUAGCACAGAACGGCGGAGUACGACAUCGCUCACCUCCCCGAGACUACCGAGACUAUUAGCUUCCUCUCCUCCAAGCCCCACUCUACUGCUCCACCGCCACCACCACCUGCAGAGUUGGAGGCAAUGGAAGCUGCCCCAACAACGACUUCAGCUUGAUGUGGUGGCGGCACGAGCACACAGUCUCUUUGUCUACUACAUUCAUCCACAUAGCGACUUACCCAGUGUAAUCUCCUGAUGACUAGUGUUUAAUUCCUUGACGUAAGAUUAUCGGGAGAUUUGUUGGCUGGAGGAGCGGUGCCGUCAACACUUGUACACAGAGCAAGUUGACUUAUAAUUCAUAACCAUGGGAAAGGAAGUUCACCAUUAGACUCCCAGCAUAGUGCUGUAUUGUUGGGUGUCGUAUUCAUUGUUUAAAAGUGAAGGUUUUAGAUUGAAUUAAGUUUUAGUUGUGACUGAAGUGCUCUUAACCAGGUGCUAGUUCAGAGUAGACGGAGUUUGACUUGUUCUGUGUACACGGCAGCUGUCUUAACUCGCGGGUCUGUACAACGCAUAUGUUUACCUCCUCAAAUAUCCAUCCAGUCUUCGGCAUAAUUCAGAAGCUCACCAGCGCUGUGUUACCCUUGGAGCGUGAUAUAAUAACCCUCUUGUUGAUUUAAAGCUGUAAACUUAUUAGUGUCAAGAAGUCGACAGGACACACAGGCUCUUCACAUGGUAUACAUAUUGUUGUUGUCCAAAGCUUUUUAUACGUGGAUGUGUCAAGUGUGGGACAAACUUGCCAACUUUCUUAUUGCUUCGGCUAAUGUAGGUGUUAUCUAACCUAUUGUAAGGAUUCUAAGUUUAAGUCAGUGGUUCUCCCCACAAGACGUAGUUCAGAAGAGGUUACAGGUCUGUCUACAACAUACGAUAUUCAUCUAACAUCUCCUCUCAAUAACCUGAGGAGACGUGUUCUACUGUACUUACCUUUAUCUGUAUCCUUCAGUAAAAAUUAGCAGCGAUUAAAGCCUUUCCCCGCCGAGUGUCAGGAGGCUGGCAAGUUUAUACACACGUCGUAAUUUCAAUACUGUUAUCGUCCCAGAUUUUUUUUUUCUGCGAGAAAAGUGAUUAACUUAGCCAGUAGAGACAGUUAACGAGUAAUGGCACUAAUAUCACUAUGUAGAGUAGAGAGGCAGUGUGGCUCAGGUGUGUCAUGAUGGGUUACCGGAGUGUGGAGGUAGAAACUUUGCUGGGAGGGCAGAUGAGAGUACCUGUACAGUUAGGGAGAUUGAAAUUCUUAGAAAUUUGGGAGAGUAUUGGUAAUUGAAGCCCCUUUCGUUACAUUAUAAAGAGGAUGAAUUGAAUUAUGUCAACUGUUAACUAAAUUAGGGAAGUAAUGAAGGUAGUGAAUAUCAAUUGGAAUUGGGAACAUAAAGGAAGGUAAAUGACUCACCUGUGUAGAAAUUGGUGUGCAGUUUUAAAGCUGAGAGCUGAAAAGAGAUUUAAAUAUUAACCCUUUCACCGCGCGUCACGCACUUGCCAUUUUAUUCUGGCUACCGCCAGACGGUUUUAUUCAGCUUCGAGUAACCUCUCACUGUGAAAGGGUUAAAAGACGAGACUUAGGCCGAGACCUUUUAUUUAAGGAGUUUGAACACGUGUGACAGUGACCCAGGCGUAAUGCGAGUGAGCCAGGUGCAGUACGAGUGACCCAGUUAGUGUGUGAGUGAGCGAGCCAGGUGCAGUACGAGUUAGCCAGGUGCAGUACGGGUGACCCGGGUACUGUAUGGUCGACCCGGGUGCUGGACGAGUGACUUAGGCGACACAAUGGGCCAGGCUAGCUGUACAGUACUAGUGUCGACAGCACGGGCAGGAACUCUCAAGGGUUUGACAGAAGGCAUUAGGUCGUGUUCCGUUGUCAGUUAUUGUGCCUCUCGAUACAAGUUCAUUCUGGGAGAAAACCUGACUUGGGUAAUCUUCACGGAUGUUGAGACGUAACGACAGGGUUUUUUUUUUUUAAGUGUGGACUUUUAAAUGCAAAUAUUAACUAUUUAUUUGUAUAUUUAUUGUACCAGAUGUCAUAAUUGUUUAUAAAAUGAUGUCAUAAUUGUUUAUAAAAUGCUUGUGGUGGUUUUUUGUCAAUUACUAUUUCGGUUUUUUCUUUUGUGCUGUGACACAAUUUGAGUUAUGUUUACCAGUGAUGAUACUGAUAUUUAACAGCUAAGGUCGAGAGAACGGAAUUCACUUAAGCCGUCUCUGAAAUUCUAGUCAGUCAGUGCUUUGGGUUCAGAUUCUCAGUGUUCGUACGUUGUAGCUUUCCACAUACAGGUAAAUGCUCUCAAAUUCAGAAUACUUCUUUAAAUUGCUCACUUAAGCUACUACUUGAAGACGGAGAAAUAAAAUGGCGGUGAAGUAGCGUUUGAGUCUACAUUAUAGCCGUUAGGUGGUAAAUGUACGGACCUUGUGAAUCUGAACACGGUAGUUCAUUACCGUAUCCCCAUUUUUUUUUAUAAGUUUGCUGGAGUAUCAUAGUCUAGUCCCCCCAAGUAGCAGCUGUGAUAGUAGUUUUGAAUAUUUUUUAUUUUACGUGUGAAAGAUGUUCUGGCCAUCACGUGACUUGCGUAUGUAUAGUGACGUUAUCGCACAAUAACACAAAUGUUAAUUUGAAGUCUGUACAUUUUUUUUGUGAUGUACACUUGUGGUUAAAAUUCCCUCGACAUUUGGCAGUACAGUAUCUUGGCAUCUACUUGUGGGUCAUAUGUUAAUUUAGUUUACAGUUGAUGAACGUAGAUACCAAACAGUGUAUACCCUGAAAAAGUGUCCAGGGAUUUUUUCUGUAACUGUACAAAUUCCCUUGUAUAAAAACUCACUGAGCAGGUAUGGAGUGAGGACUGAAUGUAAAUGUGUAAUAAUAAAUACAACUAAUGUAAUAUUAUUUAGGGCUGAUAAACUCUGAAAUUUAUGCUGAAUAAAGUACAUGGGAAGAUUA